CUUCCUAAUGCCUGUUGUCAGUGUUUAUAUUUUCAAAAACCUUAGUUUAACUUCUAUAAUUUUAUUAAGCGAAUGCUGAAAGAUUAUAACAAAGAAAAUAAGGCUACUCUAAAGUGUAAUUGUAAUGUUAAUUAAGUUUUUAGAUCUGUGCUGUACAUGAUAUUAUAUUAAUAUUAAAAUAAAAGUAAUAAUGGUGAUGAACAUCUUCGCAAUCACAGUCUGAAAUAUGUAAUCGGUAAAGAGGAGUUUAUCUUGUCUCAAGAAUGAAGAGACUAAUAUCAGAAUGAUUUAGAGUUCAGCAAUGGACUUGGUCCCAGAUAAGGCCCCCAUUUAUGGUGGGGAAGCCAUCUACGUUCAGUUACACCUUGAUUCCUUUCCACCAUUAUCCCAAAAAGAAUUUGAUGAGGGAAAAUUUUACUUUGUUUUUUUGGGUUCAAGGCUAAGGCAUGUCACUCCUGCUAGGGCUACAUGGAAUCCUGAUUCACUGACAUUAACAAGUCAUAUUCCUGCCCAUAACAAAGCAGAACCUGUGUGUUUGACUUCUUAUGUUGCAUAUCUGGGUGAAGAAAGAUCUAUCAGCUCAUCAAAAUUUGAGUAUGUCUCUGAUUCAGCACACCAGAUGGCUACAUUUCUUUCUGAUAGUGUAAAUAACUGUGAUGCACUAAGUGAAUUAGAGCAAGUAUGUGAAGAACGAUUCAACUUAACUGCUGAAGCUCAAGCUAAUCUUGAUAGUCGACUUACUGCAGCAUUUAAAGCUUUGCACAGCUCAUCAAAUUGGAGCAUAGUUGGAUCAAAAUCAAAAGAAUUAGAGCAACAAGAAACACUGUUACACUUUGCUGCACGACUGGGCCUUCGUCAGAUGAUGGAAGAACUGUUGACACUUCCAGGAAGCCUGCUAGCUUUACACACUCCUAACUUGGAUGGUUUCUUACCUGAUGAUGUUGCCUCUUCAGCUGGAUUUCUGGAAUUAGCAGAGAAGCUGGCCAUGGCACGUAAACAGGCUUGCAACAAAAAUAGCUGUGACAGACAGGCAGUUGCCAUAAGUAAACCAGCAAAUGGAAGGAAUUUAAAGAAACCACCUGUGGUUACUACUAACCUUAGCUGGAGUUAUAGAGAUCUUGACUAUGAUAUUGGGGAGUUGGAACGUUUGAUUAGUGAUAGUUCGUGCAGUAGUGAAGAAGAUAAAAAGAGAUUAGAGAACAUGGAUCAAAUUUCUAAAUCUCAGUCAGAAGGAUCAGAGAGUGAACAAAGUGAGGAAAAUAUGACAGGGAAAACAAUCCCCAGGAUUAGUGUCACCUCUCAUUCUCCAAGACCUACAAGAGUACUAGAAAAAAACUUGAGACGUCUACAUGACAUCCAGGAAGGAAUUCAACGAUUGAGAGAAAUGAGUUACAAAAAUAUGGGAAUAAAAAGAAAGCAGAAAGGCCUGACCACCAGGUUGAGCUCAUCAUGCCCUUGCCUAACUCCAGAAUUAACUUUAACAGGAAUAAAUGAAGAGCCAGAUGAAAAUGGAAGAAGGUUAGGCCCCAUCGCAAUGAGUAGCUAUAACCUACCUCAGAAAACUUACCUUUCCUGUCCAGGUGCCAAAGAUCCAGUUAAGGCUGUAACAUUAGCAGAAGCCACAAAUGUCAAGAUCCAGGUCAAUGAUAUUACUCCUUCUAGUUCACAAGAAUUUUUGAACCUUGUUAACACUAAUGAAGAUAAGUUUCAAUCAGUGAAAGUCCGUACUAGUACAUCAUCUUCUAAAGCACAUAUUGGAGGCACUUCAUCCCAAAGGUGUGCUCAGAAAACAGGAAAGAAAGGAUUACCUCGACGAAAAAGUUGGUCAGCCAUGCACGAAGGAGAUAGUGGUGAUGGAGAGGAAGUUUUGAGAAGCAUGAGCCUGAGCAGUCUAAAUUCAGACCCAGAAGAAGCUUUUUAUGAUGCUGUGGAUGGACCUUCUUUCACCAUUCAAGGAAUAGUGACAGAGCAUAGAGAACAUAAACCCCCUCAUUAUGGAGACUUCAGUCGUGAAAAGCAGCGCAGUUUCUCAGCUGGAAGUGAAGAAAUUGCACAUGUAUCUCUUUCUAGUCAAGGCUCCAGAUCAUCAGGUCACAGUAUGACUAACAUUAUUGGAAGUUCCAAGCAUCAUGAGGAAAGUAAAGGUUUAGACAGCAGUGAUCCAGGAUCUAAGUCACCCAUCUGUCUUCUAGAACCAUGGUCUCCAUUACAGAAGUCUGUGUCUACUCCUUCCAUUUUUGCAGCUGAAGGUUUUGAAGAUGUUGCAGAAGGAGGAAAUGGUUUAUUUAAUUUCAACCCUCUCCGUAUGUGUGAACUGGAUGAUGAGCUUAAUGUUGCUAUGAUGCCUGAAGAUGAAGAGCCUAAUUUUCACAUGGCCCAAGUAUCAUUAGCUGAUUUAUUGAGAGGCUAUCAAAACCAUUUGACUGGUCAGGAUAGUGAUGAUGACAAACCAUUUGGAAAGAGGAAGAAGAGAGGGAGUCUCUUUUUUCGAAAAAGAAAGAGUAAACAUGAAGAGAAAGACAAAGAGAACAAGAAGUCUGCUCAUCAGUUUGUCUCCAUAUGUUACAGUAUAGCAGCUGAUUGUGAUGUUUGUAAUAAGCCUCUUGCAAAUAAACCGGCUCUUCGCUGUGAAAAUUGCCUGGUAACAGUUCACUCAAGCUCCUGUAAAGAUCAAAUUAUUGAUUGUACAAAAUUCAAAAGUUCAAGGGUCAAGUCUCUGAAUCCUUCCACAUUUAAAGAAAGGUCUUCAGUUCCUAUGCUUCAAGUUCCAGCAAGUCGUGUUCCUCAUUAUCCAUACCGUUAUCGGCAUCUCAUCAGACCUGUGUCUCAGAACAUGACUCAUCUAGUCAACAAUAAAUCUCAGAACAACUCACAACCUAUAAAAGACAAAAAAAAUGAUUCAACACCAGGUACAAAGAUGCGAUCACAGCAGCCUCAAGGUACGUCCACAGUAGAUGGAUUAGUUAAGACAAGCUCUUCAAUUUCAACAGGCGUGCCUAACAGGGCUUACACUCCCAGAGGCUCAACGCAGUGGCGUAGGGUUGCCACUAAGCUGGGAGUCAACAAGGUAAUUAAUGAAGAAAAAGAAGCUGAUCCCAUGGAUGACACCAAUUCAAAUAUUGUUGAUGUUAAUUCAGCAUCUAUGGAGUCUCUUGAAGAUAGUACAGAAUUUAUAUUAACUGAAAAACAUCACUGCCUAACACUGAAGAUAAUGCAGAAGGUGUUUGCUCAAGGAAUGAUGAAAGAAGUAGGACUGACGAAGGAUUUAGUUGAUCGUAUCUUCCCUUGCUUGGAAGACUUGCUGGAAAUCCAUUCAGGUUUUCUUAGAAAACUUCGAGAAAGGCAACAUCAAGAUAGAACAGUUGAGAGGAUUGGAGAUAUACUUGUUGAACAGUUUCAGGGAGAAACAGCAAUUCAGCUGAAAUCAGCCUAUGGUCAGUUUUGUACCAAGCAUAAAGAAGCCUUGUCAUUGUACAAAGAUAUUCUUAAAACUGAUAGAAAGUUCCAGAAUUUUAUUAAGCGAUGUAGUUUGAUUCCAGUUUGUAAAAGCCGAAGAAUACCAGAAUGUAUACUUCUAGUAACUCAACGUGUUACUAAGUAUCCAUUGCUUAUUGAUUCACUUGUCAGAGCCACUAAAGACAAUAAAUCAGAACAGCGCAUUCUUGAAGAAUCUUUAAGCAGUGUCAAGGAUAUAAUCAGUCAAGUCAAUACUCAAGUGGCAGAAAAUGAAAGACAGCAACGUUUAUUGGAAAUAUACAAUAAAGUGGAUGCCAAAUCAACAGCCUACUUUCGGGGUAAAAAAUUUAAGAAAUCUGACCUGUUAUCUAGUGGUCGCAAGUUGCGUUAUGAGGGUACAAUUUCUUUACGAACCGCCAGGGGAAAAACUGUUGAGGUCCUGGCUGUAGUGUUAUCAGAUGUAGUUUUCUUUCUACAAGAAAAUAAUCAGAAAUAUUACUUUGCUUCUGUAGACAAUAAGUCUGGUGUUGUGUCACUACAGAAGUUGCUAGUAAGGGAGAAGGCUGGGCAGGAUAGUCGUGGUAUCUAUUUGAUUAGUUCCAACCCCAGUGAACCUGAAAUGUAUGAAAUGACAUGCUACACAGCUAAAGAACAGAAAACGUGGAUUGAAGUCAUUAAAGGUGCAAUAGAACAUUGUCCAUCCUUAGAUGAAGGAAUUCCAAAUGAGAAUGAAGAAGAAAGAAAAUUAGAAGAAGCAAAGUCAGCAAAAAUGAAAGAACUUGUAGGUCAACUGUAUGAAAAAGAUUUAGCUGUUGCUCACUUCUGUGAAGAUAAGAUGCGUAUUUUGGCAAGUAUUAUGGAACUUCAUGGUCUAGAUCCUGAGCCUAUAGAAAAUAUUAAAUAUACUCACUUAUUAGAAAGAGAGAAUGGGCCAGAAACAAAAGAAUUGGUGUUCUCAGCAUUGAAUGAAGCCACUCAGCUUGCCAAUGCACUGUAUGCUACUGGGACCAAUCUAAGUCGCAGCGUCAGUAGUGCAGGAGAACAUCAUAGUGAGGCUUACUACUCACCUGUCUUGCCAAAACGUGCUGAAACAUUUGGAGGUUUUGAUAAUCCAAACAAAGAGCAAAACAGUUCCAACAAAAGUACUGUGAUGAUGUUAAAGAAGAAAUUACUUCAAUUGAAAGAGUCAUCUGGUGAGAAUUCAUUGUAUACUCCAAAGGACAAUGAAGCUUUGUUGAAAGACAUUCCGGAUUCUUAUCUACAAGUAAAGGGUGCAGAAGUACGAAGAGCAAGUGGCCCACUUCCAAGUAAAACUUCUUCAGGGCCUGGAAGUCCUGAGAAAGCUAAAAGACGAAGCUUUACAACCUCUGGGAAUGCUUCUCCCCAGGUCUCAACUCCUAGUGAGAAAGACCCUCCCUCAUCAAAUGAACUACUUCGACUGAGUACUACUCCUGUUCUGUUGUCACAAGGAAAUGAACAACUAGAAGCUAUUGUAGAAUUAACACACCAUUUAAACACUUUAACAAGUCUUCUAUCACAUCAUUUCACUAAUGUUGAAAAUCUCAGAGUCCAGCUAAUUGAAUCAAAUGAAAAACUAAACAGGACAAAUAAAGAUCAGCCUUUGAAAGAUGGAAAAGACAGACGUUCCAUCUAUCGACCUGAGCACCAAUUAGAGGAACUCCGAAAUCUUCAAGAACAACUGAGUCAAGAAAGAACACAGUGGCAGAGAGAACGGGCAAGGCAGGCUGAAGAACUUAACCACCAGUAUGAAGAAGUACAGCGUCAUCAGGAACAAGUUAGGAAAGAAGAAGAAGAUAUAAAACAUCAGAGAGAGCUGCUGUACAGAAAACUUGAAGCUUUACAGAAAGAAGGAAUUAUUCUUAGUCCUACAAUGACUGUGGUUAACAUUGGACAAGCUAAAGACAAUGACAAUCAGAAAGAUGAAUUGAAGUCUAUGGUUUCACAUUCAACUGGAAAAGAUACCUGGGGUUCCUCAAGCAAGAUUCAAUCUCUAAGGGCAGGGGUGGAAUUUCAACAAAGCUUGAAUGAGGAAGGAACUUUUUCAACGACUGCCCUUUGCAGUACAUCACAUACUGAUAUACGUGACUACAAAGUCAAACAAGAGUCUCGUUUUCGGGCUUCUUACAGUUCCUCAAGCCUAUUGUCUGGUAAUAAGAGAGAGUUACGAGAAGGAGUGCCUAUGCAUCUACGUAGUGCUGCCAACAUGCAAAGGCCAUUAGCUAACUCCUUUAUCAAACAACAACUUCCACUUAAGUUGGCAAGUGGUUGUACUGCUACCAAUGGACUAGGAAGUGGCGGCCAGUCAGAACCACAACAGAUGUUGCCACUGAAACUAGCUGCUAGUUCAUCUUCACCAUUAGGAAUGAGUCAAAUGAGUGAAGGUGAAAGAAAAGUCCCUCAACGGUCACAGAGUGCAGUAACACCCUCAAAAUCCUCAUUACACACUCCAUUACACAUCAGAGCAGGCAGCAGUCCAGCCCAGAUGCACACAGAAUCCACACUGUUAAACAAACCCACAUCUUUACCAGCAACAGUACCAGAAAGCGGGGAAAAACACAUGAAACCAAAGGAUCAAACUAAAGAAGACAAAUGGGCCAAGACUAAGGACCCUCAUGAAAUUUUUUGUUAAAUAGCCAGCAGCAUUUAUGCAAGUUGAAAGUGUUGUACAGUACUGUGUAAAUUUUGUGAGACACGAGACUGUUGUAGGUCUCUCUUAUUUUAUGAAAGUAGAAUUGCAGCAGACAAUCAUACUUUCCAGUAAUUUUUGUGUAACUUUUUAUGCAAAGUUCUUCACUCAUAUGUUACACUUCCUGUAUGGUGAGUGUAUAUUCUUGAUGCACCUUUUUUUUUAUAGAAUUUUUACUUAAUAAGCUUCUCUGUGUGAAUCUGACAAAAAUUAAGGCUGUAAUUAAAUGACUCUAGUGAGAGUGAGCAACUUAGUUUCAACUAUGUCUUUAUUAUUAGGUUCAUUAAACUUUUAAUUUAAGAUAUGAGUUGUUUUUUUUUAAAUUCAUGCAUGUAAUUUAUAAAUAUACUAAAUAAUAAUCGUCACUUCUUAAUACAUAAGUUUUACUAAAAUGUUUACUUUAGUCAUGCUUUUCUGUUGCUGUGAAAUCUUUAACAAAAUCAUUAAUACUUUUGGAAAGCUCAGAUGAUUUUGUUUAAAAUCAUUUUGUUCUGUUUAUAAGUAGAAAAUAAAUUAGGAAUUAAAUUUAUACAACUAUAAUGCAAUAAAUAUUGAUAGUCUUUAUAGUAUUUGUUCUAAAAGCUUUUAUAUUUAGUAAUAGUAUAUUGAAAGUUCAAGAAACGUAAUUGGUUGAAAGUCAUCAUAAAGGUUUUAAGUUUUUCUUUUUAUUUAAUACUAUAUGUUGAAUUUUUUGUAAAACUUUUCUGUAAUAACUUGAGAUGGAUGAAAGAAAGUGUCAACAGUUCAUUCUAAUUAUACUUCAUGAUAGUUAUGUAAAAUGUAAUUAUAAAACAUACCUUAAAUUUUUUAUACUUUGUGUGUAUUUUGACAAUCUUCAAAAUUGUAAUUUUCAAACAACACAUUUAAAUUUUAUAAUUACCUGGAAAGGUCUCUUAAAAUAAUAAUGUUUUAAAUUUCUCCAUGGAAGAAAUAAAUUUACUAUUGGGUCUUAUUAUACUUAAAUUAACCUGUGCAUUCCAUUCCACUUUCAAGGACCAAUCUAAAUCAGGAUUGUAGUUUCUUUUAUUUGUAUUUGAUUGUUUUUAAUCACAUUUGUAAUAUGAGUCGUGAAUUUAAGUAAUAAUCAACUUAACAGGAAGUAAUCCUCACAUUCAGUAAGUUGAAAGGGUAAAAUUAAUAUUUGCCUGGAAUUCUAACAUGAUUUAUUCAGUGACUUGGUUGAGUUUCUUGCAUACAUAUGUAUUCUGUACCAUUUCUAAAAUUAGUAAAAUAUCCAUUUUCCUUUUCAGCAAACUAAAAUGUUCUUUACAUCUUUAUUCAGCCCCUUUAAAGAAGGAAAUAAUACUUACAACUUGAAAAUAAUGGUAUCCAGAUUUUGAAACUAUGCAUUCAAUAUUUUUAAAAUAAAAAUUAUACUCUGUACAAUAUAACAAGUCUUUGAGCAAUAAUAAGAAAAAGUUGAUUUAAAAUAAACAAUUUUUCUUCUGUUUCCAAGGUUUCAGUUAACAUUGCUAUAGAUUUAUUUUCUCCUCAACCAUAAAACCAAUUGAGUCAAAUUGACAGAAUAGAAGUGGGGUCAGACUAUGGUGGAGUAUUUCUUUAAAAUCUUGUUAGAUUUAAUAGUGAUUGAUGGUGGUGUAAGUUGCAGACAAUAAUUUGAUGUAUUUGGACUAGGAUCAUAGAUACACAAUUUGAAUUUCAAGCUAAUGCUAAAAGAUUUUGUUUAAUAGUUAGAAAGUAGAGAGUAAUUUUAUACUGACCAGAAGUUAUUAAUUGCAUUGAAGAAGAACUGCAUGUUGGGUCUAGAUUAUGAGGAAAGAGAGUAAUUUUUUUUUUUUUUACAAUUAAAGUUUGGUCUUUCAGGUAGAAUGAUCACACAAAUUAAUCUUUUACAAUAGGCCUAAUGUAUAGUGUGUGUGUGGUUUGCUUAUGAUUUUUUAAAACACCCUAUUAUUAAAUCGGAAUUACGUUUGGUCAAUUUGAAUAGUUUUUUCAUAUCUUUUAUUAUAAAGAAUUUAAUAUGACCUUCACCCUUUAAACUGAUAUCACACUAAUGGAAAAUACAGUUUCGGACAAUUUGUAUAGCUUGAUAUUUUCAUAAGAAUUUGUUCACUACCUGUAAAAAACGAAACUUUUUUAUAAAACCUUAAUUGCUCACUUUUAUUAUUUAUACAUAUUAUUUUAAAAUUAAUGAAAAUAUUUAAAAAAACAUCUUGGUGGCAGUUACAAAUGAAAGCCAAAAGAAUGUGUGAUAUAACAACCUAAACUUAAUUGAAAAUAAUGUAGAAAAGUUAACAAAGUUAAACGAUUGAAACCUUUUGCCAAAAAUAAAUAAUAAUAUAAACUUGGAGAAAAUGUAUUAAUUUUUUAUCAGUUGGUGUUAGUAGACACACUGUUUAUUUCUGUAGUUAUUUGUUUCACAAAUCAUAGCAUGAUACUUUUAAUCUGUGUUUUCUAUAGGUACGUGUAUUUUGAAAUAUUUUUGAUUAUAAUUUUACCUCCUGUUUAGUUUGGACUAUACAAGGCUGAUGAAUGCAUUUACUUUUGUAAUAGUUUAUCAAUCUUGUGUAUUUGUUUAAAUUGUCGUGUGAUUCUUUGAGUGUAAUUCUUCCAAGUUUCAUUAACAUUUACAGAAUAUGUAAUACAGAAGUAUAUUAACUGAUGAAUAAAUAAAAAACUAUCAACAUGCAUGCACUUAUGUAAUAUAUAUCACUAUACCUUUCUUCAUUUUCGUGUAUUUCGGUGGUAUGAUAUUCUAUCGUGAUUUUAUUUGAACGUAUUCAGGUUAAACAAGUUAAAUUAAUAAAUGGUGUAAUUUUGAAAAUUCGCGAUGGUAAAGAUGGAAAAUUAAGUUUGAGUAUAGGUAUCUGCAUCUUUUACCUUUUGGAAAUGUAGGCGUAUGCUCACAAAUUAAGUAACUGCCUUACGGGAACUAUGUGAACAUCGUGUUGUAAGAGCUACAAAAAAAAAAACGAAACAAAUCAAUACGUGUGUUGCAGGACCCACUGUACCCUACAGUCUCAGGAUUUCUCCGUAGGUAGGCGUUGUGUUAGCAGACCCAAAUCACGCAUUAUGUUGGAAAUUUUAAGAAGUGCAGGAAAAACGUUAUAUGUGCUGAACCAUAUUAUGCGUUUUGCCCUCAAAAUGUACCUCCUGUGGUGUAUUUUGUAUAUUUAGCACCCAGAAGUUAGAAUCUGUGGAAGAGUAAGAUGUUUGUACACAGUAUCGUCAUCAGUGUUGUGUAAAUUGAUGGAUUAUAUAGGUGUAUUUAGCUUACAAAUUAUGCAAUUUCCAAAAGAAUAAUACAGUUUGCUCACCUAAACUAAAUUCGUUUUGCGAUAUUUUGCAAUUUGAUCACUCAUAAAAAAUUUGCUAACAUUUAUCAUAUUUUCAACUUACAAAGUUGUAGAAAUCAUUAGUUAGCAUUAGUGCUUGUUCACGUACACCAUUUCCUCACAUUUUAUUAUUCAUACUUACAACAACAACAACUAAAAUUGUAUUACUGUACAUGUUGUUUAGAAUCUUAGCAGUUGGCAGUGAAAUUCAUCAUAAAAUUAAUACGUAAAAACAGUAUAUUCCCCAAUUUAAUAACUAAUUUUUUGUUCAAAACAGAUUGUAGUUUAAAGGAAAUACGUUUCUUAUCAACCUCAGUUCAAUGAUAAAAGAUAUUUUAAGUAUAUUUAUACUUUGAAACCUGUUUUAUUCGUCCAGUGACAUUUGAGUACAUCUAGUCUGUCACAACAGGAAGCAACUACUUUGUUUUUUCUUAUGGAAAAGUUUUAUUACAAUAUAAUAAAUGUAAUCGUAUUUACUCCUUUUAGAUUUUGGACAUGAAACUUUUUUAACAAAAAAAGGACUGAAUAAUUAAUAAAUUGUUUCGUAUAAGAAAUUUGUUUUUAAUCUGCUGAAGCUGGAAAGCUCAAGUUCAAUUCAUCAGUUUCACUUGUAAUUCCCAACAAGUCAUGUAACUGGUGUAUUAUGAUUCAUUAUAUUAUCUCUUUGAUUACCGUAGUACAGUAACCCUCAAAAGUUUAUAUACAUAAAUACUGUACUACGGUAUGUACUACCAGCUCUUUGAUUACAUAUUUUAAAAGUUACUAUACUACUGUAUGCGCUACUAGGUUUUUGAUUACAGAACUUUUGAAGGCUAUUAUACUAUGGUGUGUACCAGAUUGCAUCCUCAGUGGUUUGUACUUGACUUUCGAUUUACUACUGUUAAACUUGCUUAAUUUUUGAAUUCAAGAAACCUCACUGGAUAGAAAAGGUUUUUUGCUUGAACAUUACUCUGUCAAUAAUAGGGUUAUUGGAUAGUGUAAUUUUGAUUUAUAUAUAUAUAUAUAUAGCUUUCGGAUAACAUGUUUAUAAUCCGUCAAUAGUAUAUUUACGUCAAAUUACAGUAUUGAACAGUAAUACUGAAAAAAAAUAGAAAUAUUAAAUCAGCGAAAUAAAGAUUAAAGUAGGGAGUCGUUUAAUGCGAGUUCCAUAAAUUAUGAAAAAAAAAUCACUUAAUCGUCAAAAACAAUACAUUUGAACCACUGACAUCCCAGUACAGUGAUAAAAUCAUGCUGGUUUAAUCGUUAUCAAUCUAUUUAGCUCUGAUGAAAUUAAACAUGAGAUGAAUAAGUAGCGAUUUUAGUAAUAAUAACAGUCACCAAGAAAACAGUUCAAAUAAAUAGCUUAUGCCUUUUGUAGGAAAUGAUUGAUUUAGAACUUUUUUUAAUUCCUGCCAAUAACAUUACAUUGAAGAACAAAUUUGAUCCUUCAGUAUGCUAAAAUGCAUCAGUUUAUGUGGCAUUCUGAAAAUAUUUGCUAAAAAGGAAACUUUGGUACCCAAUGUGGACGUUACCUAAACAUUAAAAUAAUUAGGACUGCCUUUGCUUCUUAUAAAUGUUACUAAACUUUCAGGUCGAAAAAAAUAUUUGUAUCGUAAAACAUGUAUUUUAAUUAGAAGUUGUAUAUAUAUAUAACAUUAUUGUUAUUAUUAGCCGUUAGGUUUUUUUCAAAUGUGUCAAAUCUUGUAUUCCUAUAUGGUGAAUUUAGCGUGAAUAAAUAUUCUAACUUCAUA